GCGCGCGCACGCUCAGAAAGGAAGAAGGAAAAUUCGCCGUCCUCACGCCAUUACGUCCGUCGCCGAAGACGGGAAACUUUCCGCAAGCUUUUCUCCUUGCUCCUUUUUAAAAACAAAACAAAAAAACUUUGGAUGUAUCGGUGCGAGGGAGGAAGAGAGUCGGCUCCGUUUCCCUUCUCUGACUUUCUCUCUCCAUGUGAACCGACUCGGAACCGAAACCCUUCUCUCUCGGUCUCACGCGCGCGGAUUUAACACGGAUAAACCGGAGGACACUUCUUCUGUGUAUUUGUGUGUGUGUGUGAGAGAGAGAGAGAGAGAGAGAGUGUUUGUGUGUGUGUGUGUGUGUGUGUGUGUGUGUGUGUGUGUGGUGAUUGUUGUUUUAUUUUUAUAAGGAAAUAAAUAUUUGUAUUUGUUAUGAACACUCACACCAUGUUGCCCGGCGGCGGGACGUACGCGAGCAAGAAGCGGAAGAAGCCGGUUCAGAAAAUACCGAAGCCUCCUCCACCCGAAGGCGCCAAGUCCAACCCUUCAAAGCGGCACAGGGAUCGGCUAAACAUGGAGUUGGACAAGCUGACCAGCCUGCUGCCCUUCUCCGAGGACGUUCGCUCCCGGCUGGACAAGCUGUCCGUCCUCAGGCUCAGCGUCGGAUACCUGAAGGUCAAGAGCUUCUUCAACGCCACGAUGAAGAAGACAGUGGGCGGAGCUAACGGCUGGCAAGUGGGGACUCUGGGAGCAAACGGACAGAAGGCCAGCAGUCUGGAUGGAGUGAGCUUCUCCGAGGGGGAGUUACUGCUGCAGGCUCUGACUGGAUUCGUGAUGGUUAUAACAGCUGAAGGUUAUGUGUUCUACUCUUCACCUACCAUACAGGACUACCUGGGCUUUCAUCAGUCUGAUGUGGUGCACCAGAGUGUGUUCGAGCUGAUCCACACUGAUGACCGUGCCAUGUUCAGGAGACAGCUGCACUUCGCCCUGAAACCCACACAGGGUGAGCUCACUGACGAUGCUGAUGGCCUCCAGAAGACCAGCGACAUCACCACCGCCAUCAUAAAUUACAACCCUCAACAGCUGCCACCAGAGAACUCGUCCUUCCUGGAGAGGAGCUUCUGCUGCCGCUUUCGCUGCCUCCUCGACAACUCCUCUGGCUUCCUGGCCCUGAACUUCCACGGUCGACUGAAGUAUCUCCACGGCCAAAAUAAGAUGGCAGAGGAUGGCACUAUGGCACAUCCUCAGCUGGCUCUCUUUGUCAUAGCUACACCCCUCCAGCCGCCCUCUAUCUUGGAAAUCCGGAGCAAGACAUUUCUCUUCCAGACCAAACACAAGCUGGACUUUACACCUAUGGGCAUUGACACCAGGGGAAAGGUGGUGCUGGGUUACAAUGAGAUCGAGCUGUGCAUGAGAGGCUCUGGUUACCAGUUCAUCCACGCUGCAGAUAUGAUGUACUGUGCCGACAACCACGUGAGAAUGAUUAAAACUGGCGAGAGCGGUUUCACAGUCUUCCGGCUCCUGACGAAGUCAGGAACUUGGGUCUGGGUGCAGGCCAAUGCCAGGCUUGUCUAUAAGGGCGGACGACCAGACUUCAUUGUGGCACGACAGAGAGCUUUAACUAACGAAGAAGGUGAAGAGCAUCUCCGUCAGAGGAAGCUGCAGUUGCCCUUCAGCUUUGCCACCGGAGAAGCCGUCCUGUAUGAGACAACCCCUUCUCCAGACAUGACUAACAUCUCUACCCAAAUCAAAGGGGGUAAGAUCAGUAAACCUGCCGCGCUGCCUCCAAGCUCACUGUUGAGCUCCAUGCUGAAGCAGGAUGAAUCCGUCUACAAGGCCAACAGCGAUCCCAACUCUCAGUUCUGCCUGGAAAAGGCAUUCCGUGACAGCCACGCCCUUCUUAACGUCCCUGGAAAGUCCUGGGCAGAUGGAGAAAGGAGCACUGUGGGCAUCAAGGAGGAGUCGACAGUGCAGGACAUGAUCGACAGCUUGCAGCAGAUCAUCGGGGACAGCAGCAUGUGCGGGAACCUGGAAGAGCUAACAAUCGACCAGGAGGAACUGAAGGAAUGGGAGAAUGCUCUGCUGAGAAUGAACAACCUGAGCAGUACCGAGAUGCCCGUCGAGCUUAACGACAUCCUAACCAACGACAUCUUCUCAUACGUGGAGGACGUGCUGUUUAAGGAGUGCAGCCCCAACAUGAGCGACCAACUUCCCGAGUGUCUGUCCGAGCUGCAGCUGCAGGGAGAUAUUAACGACCUUUUGAGUAUUUCAGAGGGCCUUGAAACAGCUGACCCAGAAAGAGGGUUGACGGAACUUGCUCACAUUGGGCCAGAGAUGGCUCUGGGGCAGCCGGCAAAUCCUGUGGAACCAUUUGUAGAACUAUGUGAAAGUAUGGCAUUUGAACCUUCACUUUCUGGGCAGCAGAACCAGGCCAGGCUGGUGCAGCAGACAGCAACAACCCAACAGAACCAAGCAGAGUUUGGACUGCAAGUUCAGAAUCAUCUCCAGAGUGGAAACCUGGGCUACUCAGACAAAGCUCAACAUGUGGGCUUUCACAACCAGAAUUCUGUCCCAUUCAAUCAGGCAAUCCGGCCAAGCAGUCAGUGGACAGGGCCCCAGGCCUCCACCAGCAAGAAUAUUUCACUUUCCCAAAACGUCAUGUUAAACCCUGCACCAGGUGCCUGCCUCAAAGGGCAGUUUCCUCUGAGCAAUCAGAGCGUAGACAAUCAGAGACUUGCGACAUGGCAGCAAUCCCAGCCUCCUGUUCAACAGGGCCGUCCCACAUUAUCCAAAGUUCCCAACGUCCAGAAUAUCCCAAAUGGUCAUCAUCAUGUCCAACCAGUUCCACUCCCCAGGUUAAUGCUACAGUCUAACUUUGGCUCAGGGUCCCAUCCUCAGCCUAAUGUAAUCGAUAAUACAGUUUAUGGCCAGCAGGCGGGGAGCGUGCACCCAGCGGAUGCUGUGUUUGGACAGCAGGGGGAACAUUUACAGACGUCUAAUGCAGUAUAUGGACAGCAGAGGGAGCUCGUGCACCCAUCCAGUGUUAUGUUUGGGCAGCAGGGGGAGCUGAUGGAGACAUCAAAUUCAGCUUAUAACCAGCAGGGGGAGCUGUUAAACACCAUGUCACCUGCACUUGUCAGCAGUUGCAUGUUCGAGAGAGCACUUCAGGUCCCCAUGAACGGCUUGCGCUACGGUUCAGCUGGACGGGACGGGGUUAUCUCGUCUUGCCAGAAGACCAAAGAGUUUACGGCCCAGAAUUCAGUACAGGGCUCGUACGUCUUUCAAAACAGACCCGCGGAGAACAUAUUGAACAACAUGGGUGUGAUACCGGACAGUGCUGUCACCUGCCAUCUGCAGCAGCAGUUUCUCACCUGCAAUAGUCAGACACAGUUCGCAAACAAUCCGGUCAAGGAGAAUGGACUGUUCCAAUUCGCCCCUGUGACGGGGGAGACGCCGUGCUUCCCCAGCAACCCCCAGAAUGACAGUUUUUAGAAAGGAAAAAUUCCUGUCCAGCGCAGCUAUCUUUUGUGAAUGGAGAAAGGAAGGAGGGACGUCCCUGUGAAGAUACCGUACACGCUUCUUCGUAUUCAGACCCUCCCUUUGGUUUACUGCAGCUGAAAUACGUCGACGAGAUCAAAGGCGAAGGGCUGGAAUCGUCAUGGUAGUACCGUCAGACAAGACUACGUGUUAAACCCUGCAUGUCUGCUCACACACACUCGUCUAUAUAAUCAUUUGUCCGCUUAUUUGUGUGUUUGUUUGUUUGCUCACCCCCUGCCCAAAGAAGUUCAGAAGGACAGAAAAGCGAACUUAUUUUUUCCUUUUUGUGCAUUUCUUUGUGUGUUUUUGUUUUCUUUCUUUCUUGAAUUUUGUGUGUGUGUUGGGGGCAGAGAGGAGCUGCUCAGAGCUCAGUUAUGAAGUAUGCAGUAGAAAAGAUGGAAGCUUUUCUUCGCGGGGAUGAAAUUCUGGGGUGGGGAGGGAGGGAGCCAUUUUAAAAGACGCACACUCACUUUUCUGUUUAUUCAGAAAGAGUAGAGUCAUGGAAAAAGGGAAAAGCCUCAUACUGCUCGUGUGUUCUCUUUCGGAUUUCUCUCGAUGCACUUCAGAGCAGAAGGUGAGAUCAACACCUGUAAAAAUGACCGAUUGUAAAAUAUAUAUAUUUUUUUUUUGUUAAAAAGACUGAAAGAAAAAAAAGACAUCGUGAGCUGCAUCCAAAGACGUAGCACUAUGAUAGAGUUCAGAUCGAAUUUAACCUGCAGCUGUGUUACGUUAGGUGCCGUCUAAUUUAUAUAACUCCCACAAUGCUGCGGAUCUGUGGGGGGGCCAAAACUACUGCCUGACUGACCGCUAAAGCUGAAGCGUAAAUGUCUUUCCAGCUUUCCUUCCUGUUUUUUUUUUUUUUUCCGUCGUGGGGGAAUGCCUCACCCCAAAACCAUCAUCCAGUUAACCAAUGACACUAUGAUACGGAGAGAAACACCUCGCCUGAGAGAACGCACAGAUUUUAACUGGAUGUUUGGUGGAUUUUUAUUUUUUAUUUUUAUCCGGAACAUCAAAGAAACGUAAAAACACAUAACCAGGAUUUUCAUCGCUCGUCGAAAUCAUCACGUAUUAUUAUGGUAUGGUAAUCAUGAUAGAGGACUUCAUAUACACAAUCAGCUUUUUAAAAAUUUUAUUUUGAACAUGCUUUUUUUUUUUUUUUUUAAAUAUGUUGUUAUGUGCAUUUAAUCAAAUGUCAUUGAGCCAUUUUGGUGUCUUCUUGUACCUAUAAUCAUAAUGCUCUUUACAAAGUGCUAGCUCGCUGACUCCGGGUUAAUCACAGGAGUCGGCCAGUUAGUCGGUGGCGAGCGCUGGUGUGGCGCGAUACGAGUGAAAACACUUCGCUGAAGAGUGUCGAAACUCAAACGCACAGAAGUCAGGCCGCAAGCCAGACUGUCUGCGUUUCUUUCCUUCUUCUUCGCUUCGUUUCGACUCUUCAGACUUUUAUCAGAGCCGAUCGCAUAUUUACUAAUUCCCAUCCCGUGUCGGAGAACUGUCCUUCGUGCCUUAUUCUUCUCCGACACGUUCGCCUUUUGAUACGACUAUAUAUUGUUAAUAUAGCAUUAUAGAACAUAUACGUGUUACCAAAUCUACCAGCUAGGAAUGCUUUCGUACCUCAAUCUCAAGGAAAUAUGACUGAUUGCAGACAUGGAGUGCUUUACUUCUCUUCCCGCUAGUCCUGAACGUUUAUUUUGCACAGCGGAGAUGUGCGUGAGAUGCGGAUUGCUUCUCCAGGCCAAUUCGAAGGCAUCGUGCGCUGAUGGAUUUUAAAGCGCCCAGAAAACAGCAUAGAAGAACGGUAUUCAUUUUCAUUUAAAAAAAAAAAAAAGAAGCUAUCAACGACUCAUCGUACGCCGUGGGGCGUAUGCGAAAUUUGGCAAAUAAAUCCAGUUAAGUGUAAUUAAAUUCUAGAAUUAACUGUCUAGAAUUCUUCUGUUCUUCCAUCAUAAGUAUGAACUGACCUGAGUUAGAACAUGGCGUCAACGCUGAAUCAAACAGCACCAUCGUUUUUAUUGACGGAGACGUCACUGGCAUAUGCAAAGGGGCAUGUGCCAGUGCGAAAACCAAUCAUUUUUGGUCUUUUUGUUUUACCUGCUUAAUAUGCCAAUAUACAGUAAAAAUAUUAAUCAAGACUCAUUUCCUCUCAAGACACGCCCAUUGGAUCCUCCCACACCCCCUCAACCCAAAUCCAUAUAGUUCAAGUUUUUUAAAAAACAAAACUGAACUAAAAAAAACCUCAAUUAUGGUUUCAGAAGCGAGUGCCCACCAUAUUUAGUCAGCUAGGUGGCUAAGACGUCGUCAAAUUUGUUUAGAUUUGGCGGCUGAAGGAAACACGGAACUCCUUUGACGCGUGGAAUCGACUCGUAACCUUUAAGAUGUUUCAUGGGCACUUUAAGUUCGAUCUGCUUUUAACCAUAUUCUCAAAUGUUGCCCGGCAUAGUGAGAUGUUUGUGGACAGUUAGACAAGUUUGCAUCCAAGUUAAAAUUCAAGCCUGAAUUCAAGAAUCGAGUGGCUUCAAAAAUCUCCAUUUGAGAUCUGACCUCACCGGGGACUGACUGCAGUGUCGCGCCGAUCUUGGAUUACAUUUUGUCGGAGUGUCUGCAAAGGUGGUCCUUAAGGUUUCAAAAGUGUAAUCAGGAAGUAGAGGUUAAGUGUUCUGUGAAACCUUCUUGCGGAGAUGGUGUGGCGAUCAGACACCCCUGCAGAGUGAUCGGAUCUCUGUGCAGAGAAGGUUACAUUAGAGAUUAGAUGUUGUAGACUUGCUGUAGAGGUGGUUUUCAAUCAGAUUUCUUCGUGAAGAUCAUAUUGAGAUCACAUCUGAAGAUUAGAUCGGUUUUUAGACUGUAGAUAGUAGUGAGAUCAGACUGCAGAGAUGUUGUUUUUUUUUAAAUCAGGUAUUCCUGCAGAGUCUCUAUCAAGAUCAGAUAUCCCUGCAGAGUGGGGAUUGAGAUCAGAUACCGCUACCUAGUCUGUAUUGAAAUCCGAUAACCCUGCAGAAAUGGUAUCAAGAUCAGAUAUCCCUGCAGAGAUGGUGUUGAUCUGAUCACUCUGCAGAGUGGUUAUCAAGGUCAGAGAGACCUGCAGAGUUGUUAUCGAGAUCAGAUAGACUUGCAACGUGUGUACUGGGAUCAGAGAGACCUGCAGAGAUGGUGUUGAGGUCCGAUAGAACUGCAGAGUUGUUAUCGAGAUCAGAUAGACUUGCAACGUGUGUACUGGGAUCACAUAGACCUGCAGAGAUGGUGUUGAGGUCCGAUAGAACUGCAGAGUUGUUAUCAAGAUCAGAUAGACUUGCAACGUGUGUACUGGGAUCAGAGAGACCUGCAGAGAUGGUGUUGAGGUCCGAUAGAACUGCAGAGUUGUUAUCGAGAUCAGAUAGACUUGCAACGUGUGUACUGGGAUCAGAUAGACCUGCAGAGAUGGUGUUGAGGUCCGAUAGAACUGCAGAGUUGUUAUCGAGAUCAGAUAGACUUGCAACGUGUGUACUGGGAUCAGAUAUCCCUGCAGAGAUGGUGUUGAGGUCCGAUAGAACUGCAGAGUUGGUAAUGAGUUCGGUUAGACCUGCAGAGUUAUUGAGAUCACCUAGACUUGCAAAGUGGGUAUCGGGAUCAGAUAGACCUGCAGAGAUGGUGUUGAGGUCCGAUAGACAUGCAGAAUGGAUAUUGUGUUUGGGUAGACAUGCAGAGAUGUUACCGAGAUCGGAUAGACCUUCAGAGUUCUUAUCGAGAUCAGAUCGACCUAUGGAGUUCGGGUAGACCUGCAGAGAUGGUGUCGAGAACAGACAGACCUGCAGAUGGGGUAUAAAGAUCCAAACCUGCGGAGUUGAUACUGAGUUCAGAUAGCCCUGCAGAAGUUGUAUGAAAAUCAAAUCGCCUUGCAUGGUAUCGCGUUUGAAUCUUGCUGUAAAACAUUACAGCCAGUCUACAAGGUGUUCUGCUCCUGUCAAAGUUGAAUUCAUGUGUAGCCACAUGUAGAGUGUCACCUCUUAGAAACUUCGGAAGUGUGCACUCGGCAGUAGGGGACUAUCCUUUCAAGUGCACAACCACGUUCUCGAUCGGAUUCAGGACACGGCCGAGUCACCAGCGUGGGACUGGCUGGAGUUUCAUUUCCACUAGUGUUGUUCAGAGCCAUACAGUUCAAGGGUCAAGAGCGUGCUUUUAACUCAGAUUCUUCCUUUUGCGCGUUGUCUAAGUGCCUACAGAAAUUCAUGUCUGCUUCCCCGCCAGUUUUCUAUAUAUUCUAUUUCCCUGACAUAGAUUAAGGUGAUAAAAGAGGAGGUGAAGGUUUUAUGCAAAAUACAGCGUUUACUGAUAUUUCACAAUAACAUUUUGAUAUUUGAAUAAAAAAAAAGAAGAAUAUUUUGAUAAAGAAAUCAUUUGUCUACGAAUCCAGAUGUUUAGAAAUGACUGAUGGACAGGUGAAAUGACAGGAGAAGGGGUGUGUUUUUGAGCUGGUUAUAAUAUUGUUAGCAACGUUGUGCCAUACUGCUCCACGGCACCUUUUUAAAUCGUACAGCUAGCGUUUAUUUUUAAGCUACAGCGUGUAACUUUUGGAGAUUCGUGGUUGUCGUGAGGAUCCAAUCCAAAUGACAGCAUUGAAAUAGCUAGCUAGGUUUCUCAUUUAAUGAUCGGCUUCCGCUGUGACGUUUAAUACUGCGUUUUAUGAAAUAGAGAGCUAGUAUCUAACUAACAAGGUGGCUAACUACUUAGUUUAUUUUUAGCUAUACAAGUGACAAGAUCUCGGUGUAACACUAGCCAGCUAGCUAUGUUUAAUGCGCACUUUGUGUACCAGUUACGUUGCUAGCUAUUUAGGUUAUUAUUAAUGUGUAUGAUGUCAGCCAAUGAGAUUGCAUACCUGACAUACCUGACAUCUCCACCAUUGGUUUGCGAUGACGUACGAGUCUGAUACGCUUGCUUCAAACCUGAUCCGAGACACUGUGAAAAUUCAAUCGUUUAACCGUGAACAGAACAGCCCCAAAAAUGACUUCGCCUUAAGGUCAUCGCAGCAUCCGGCAAAAAAAAGUCGCUAAAUUUUGACCGUUAAACGAAUGAAAUAAUAAUUGAAGCACUUGCUACUUCUGAUGCUUUCCAGUGAGGACAUUCAUCUGUUUCUUUUGAAAUGCAGUAUCGGUGUAUGAUUUAUGUUAUUAUUAUUAUUAUUAUUAUUGUACGUUACUUGGUCAUCUUUGUUGCGCUUCACAAUCUUUUUAUUGUGCUCACAAAUAUAGUAUAUACAAUUUUUGUAAAUUUCCCUGCACACCUUGUAAAAUUUGUAUACCUUUAUUUUCCAAUGAUAUUGUAGUAUUUGUUCUUCCUUUUUUUUGUAUUAGCAAAUGUCUUGUGUGUUUGCUGUUGCUGUGUCUAUGAAUAUUUACAUCUUUAUAUUAUUACAAGCGUUUAUUAUAACGACCACA